AAAACAUAUAUAAAUAGUGCAUUAUUUUGCAGUUAUGAGUGAAAUCAGUUUUUGUCAUCAGUAUUUUGAGCAACGUAAAGCCGUUAUGAAAGGAAAUAUUUGUAAAGUCCUUCUCUUGGUAGUUUUGUUGGUGGCUACCGCCACAGCACUUUUAAUAUCUGGAAAUGGGCGACCUAGUUGUACCACUCAAGAAGAAAUCAAUAUUCGUAUAUUCCGUAAUAACUGGGACCCUACUUCCUAUUGGAAAUGUGAAGAGCUUAAUGCAGCGCCCGUACUCGAGAGAUGUCCAGAGCAAAUGGCUUAUUUAGAUGGUGUCAAAAACUGUGUUGAUUGGGCGGAAUGGCAUUGGGAAGAACCAACUGAUUCUUUGAUCAUCGAAAAUCAAUUAUAAUUUUAAAUUUGUUGAUGUGAAAUUCGUAUAUGAAAUAAAAAAGCGAUUUCGAAAUAUAAAAGUUUAAACUGCACCAUA